GGGGGGGAGCCCAGAGGAGAAGGCCCUGGGGGUGCUGGUGGGUGAGGAGCUCACCAGGAGCCAGCCGUGUGAGCUGCAGCCCAGAAAGCCACCCGUACCCCGGGCUGCACCAACAGCACCAUGGGCAGCAGGGUGAGGGAGGGGAUUGUCCCCCUCUGCUCUGCUCUGUGAGACCCCACCUGGAGCCUGCGCUCAGCUCUGGGGCACAAGGAGGACAGGGAGGUGUAAGAACAAGCGCACAGCAGGGCCACAGGGGUGAUUUGGAGCAGCUCUCCUACAAAGACAGGCUGCAGGGUUGGGGGGGUUCAGCCUGGAGACGAGAAGGCGCUGGGGUGACCUUCUUGCAGCCUUGCAGUAUCUAAAGGGGGCUUAUAAAAUAGGUAGCAACUUCUGCUUGGGCAGACAAGGGGGAACGGCUGUAACCUAAAAGUGGGGAGAUUUAGAUUAGAGACUAGGAGGAAGUUUUUUACUGAGAGGAGGGUGAGGCACAGGAACAGGUUGCCUGGAAAAGUUUUGGAUGCCCCAUCCCUGGCAGUGCCCACCCCACACAGCUGGAAGCACCUCUGUUCUUCCUUCUAGCAGGCAUUUGCACAGCAUUUGGUGCUGCGCAGGACUCGGUCAUAGAGACAUGUAGAGAAUUUGAGACUUUGGCUUGCUCUAAAGGAAGAAGUGAGGAUGUGCAGCACAGGACUUUUUCAGGGGAGUCUUUUUGGCCAGCUAUUCCUGAAAGUUGAGCUGUCACUGAGCCGGGAAAGGGAAGACUGAGGGGUUGUGUCUAGAUAGAGGCCAUUCGGAAUUUUCUUGAUAUUGACUUGGAUGCUUUGCGUGUAUUUAGUGACCUGAAGUAACUGCUAUCUCACCUAAUACAUAUGUGGAUUGUGUUUAGUGUACAACUCAAAUCUAGUUUCCUGGUUUUCAAGCAAGUCACGUAGAAGAUAUCAGCUGCUCUGUUUCUUGAUUUUGGUUUGAGGACUUAAGUCUUUACAGUGCAGUAAAUGUUAAAUACUGAGCCAAAUUAGCAUUACGUGAAGCAAAACUGGUGGUUGUCCUGUCCCAGAUACACACGGGCUUCAGGUGUUUCUUGGUGCCUUUAAGCCAGAACCCUUUCUGAAUUUAGAAAUCCAGUUUUUGACCACUGAUCAAAACCAGAAGAUCUUGCCUAUUACCUCGUGCUCAGGUACAUGUUGCUGCCUGGGCAGAAAGGAACAUCUUCCUUUCUGGCGUCCAGCUCCAUCUCUCUACUGAUGUGGAUUCCUGUCCUGCAUUUGUUUUUCUAACCUGCCUACACUGCAUGGGUUACAAUGCCUUACUGUGUAAUCUGCUGAAGGGCUCUGCCUCCGGGAGCUGCUUUGUUCUGGGCAACACACAAGCUCUCAGUAUUGGAUCUGCUUUAUAGUGCCUGAAGCACUGUAAAAUGACCUGAGGCAGUGUGCAGAGAAUGGGCAGUGCUCAGCUGUCUGGGUAAGGCUUUGCUCCUGAUGCUCCUUUGCAGCUGAUGCUGGCUGGGCCUUGCCCUUUGUGUGCCUCUGGACCAGGUGUGCAGGUAGAACGACUCUGUUCUCAGUUGCAGAUGUGGCACAGUGAAGCUCUCCUGCCUUGGCUGCAUUUGUAGGUGGUGGUAGUUACGGUUCAGCACUGCUGUGUUUUUUUAAAUACUUGUGAUUAAUACCACUGUUCAGGCUGUAGGAAAAAGAGAUCCCUUCUUUGUCCUCCUUCAGUAGAUGCCUGGUGUUCUCAGUGUCUUUGCCUGCAGACUGCAUCACUGUUCACAGUGCAGAUCAGCCUGGUCUGUGAAACUUCAUAGCCUUAAAGCUGCUGCUCUUGAGCGGGGAGUGAGUUGAGAGCAAAGCUGGCCCGUGUAAAGGUCCCUCAUGGGUGAACAUACUGCGGUGAUGGUAGUCCAAAGGUAGAGAAGGAAAGAGUUUCUUUGGUGCUUGUGGCAACUCCCAGGCCUCCCUGUCUGCUUUUCCUCCUCUCCCUAAAUCGUAUUUUUUAGUCCUGUAAAGCCAAGGACAGUGUUAUGCCGGAGAUAACACCUGGCUCAUCUGAGCCGAGCAAAUAAAGACAAACGAGAAAUUGUUUCUCAGAGCCUUUUCAGCUUUCCAGAGAAGCCUGGAUGGAGGGGACUUGUCCUUACAGAGGAGGAAAUGUGCUGUGGUUGGUGAAACAGAGGAAAGCAUUUGUUUAACUAGACAUGCAAAAGCUGGAAAGGCAGGCAGCUGUGUAGCAGCACUGGUCACAGAGCAUCCUGGACCUCUACCAAAUUACAAAUACUUCCUGCUGGGACUUGUGGCUCUUCAGUCUCCUUGGGAUCCUUUUGUCCUGCAGCCUUAGGUUGCUGAGAUUCAGGGUCUGCUGGUCCUAUUGCUCCAGGUCGUUUUGUAACCACUGGGGAGGAUUUAUUCACUUUCCUUUGUGUUACACUUCUCUUAGAGGAAGUGUGCAGAAAUAAAAACUGCGCAAUUCCAAAGAUUGCCUGUCCUUAUUUAUUUUUUUUUGUUUUCCUGAAAAUGUCCAGUUUUACUCCUAAACAUGCAUUUGUAGUGGAAGAUAAAUGAAAUCACCUAUUACCUGUAUUUCUGUUCCUUACAAACAAGUUUAAUUUCAUACCCUUCUGUUAUAUCUCCAUCUGUAGAGAUGAUUGGAACUGUGAAACAUUACUUAAUUGAAUCUUAUUACAGUGCAUAUUUCAUGCAUUCAUGCAUGAUAGGUUGUGUGUUGCCAAAUUAGAGGAUUCUUGAUGCACUAAAAACUGGACCCUCAGCAUUUCUGGAAGGCAAAGAGUACAAUUUGUUACUACUUUCAAAGUACACAGGACCCAAUUAAAGGCUGAGGCAAAUGCUUCUCAACUGCCUCUGAUUCUUGUCAGCAGAAGUUUUGUUUUUUUUUUUGGUGUUUACAAAAACGCCAGUUCUUUGUAAAUCUAUAUGCUUUUGACCAGGAGAGGGGUCUGAGCCCAGCGCACUGCAUGGUGAAACGUUUCUUAAGCUACGGCCUGCAAAGUGUGCAUUGUGCACCUUGCCUUGGGAGCUGCCUCUUGCUGCUCUUCCCCAGCUGCCAGGCUGGGCAGUGGGCUUGUCGUCAGAUUUUGUGUCAGCCAACGGUUUUAGUCUUCGUUCUUUUCUGUUAGUUUGCCAUCUCUUCUGCCUUGGAUUUGGAUCUCUUGGCCUAAUCCAUCACUGAUUCCCCUCAUUUGAUAGAGCCCAGUGCCAGCCUGUGUGCAGCAAAAUCUGCACACUUGAGCAGGUCCUUUCUUAAUCCGGAUUGCCUCUAAGGGAUUUCAUAAAUCUGAAUCAGAAAAUGAUACGUGCUGUCACAUGCUAACAUCUGGAGUAGCCUCCUGAUAGGCUGACUGAUGAUGUUUCUGCAUCAAAGUUGCAUCUGAGCUGCCGUAGGAAGUCCGCAGGUCUUUCUCAUUCUGUAGCUGCCUGGUUACACAAGUGUAAGCCCAUCGGUUGUGACCUUUUGCAUCUUGCACACCUUCUUGAUCUUUGCCAACAUUUUUUUUACGGUAGUAUGCAUCUCAAGAGUAGUAGUCCCCUGUCUGCCCUGCCUUGCGUUGAUUUUUGCCUAGCAGAAGAGGAGAACACAGAGCUUCAAGCUGCUCAGGGCCCACAUGCUUCUCCAUCCUCAGACAGCCUUUGUGAUCAUGUGCUGCUGCUUCAUGCCUAGGAUGCCUGGAGAUGGGCUUCAUGUUUCUGAGGUGCUGCUUUUUCUGCUGAUCCUUCCAAGCUAAUGGUAUGCAGUACACUAUAUAAUGUAGAAUGCUGCACAAUGCGCUGAUUCGGAGGUAAAUGGUUGAUAUAUAUCCAGGUGAACAAAAUUGCAAAGUAAUUAACAUCCAUGUUACCAAACGUUACCAGUUUUCCUCUGAAUGAGUGUGUGCAUUUCACAGGUACUGUCUCCAGCCUCCACAUAGCUUCUGAGCAAAGUCAUUGUGUUAAGUGAACCACCUGUGGAGAUGUUUCAAAUACAAACAUUGUUUCCAGGCAGACUUUACUUUUCUUUACUGAUAGAAUGUGUCUAUCAGAAACUGUUUAUGCACAGUAUUCACAUGACUGCUCAUACGCAAAUGCAGCAUAUGGUUUGUUCACAACUUGUGUGAUAGGUGAAGUGAACGUGUAAAUUUGAGGACAAAAUUUCUGUACUAGUAGACUCAUAUGUGACCCUUUUUCAAAAUAAUAAUUCUGUGUGAUCUUUUAUUGUAUCUGCCCUACAGUUGUGCCACAUGACACUUUGGUAUUGAUUUUGAAAAACAAAUGUUACCACAAGUAUUGUAUGUAGAUGGACAUACAUCCCUUCCCGCCAAGCAACCUUUCCUUUCCCCAGAUUUUGCACUUUGUUGAUUUCUUAUGAGAAAAAGUAGAGGUGAUACCUUAUUAGUCUUACGGAUCAUGGAUUUUCCAGGGCACUUUGAGCAAAUCUUUCAGCAGCUCAACUACCAGAGGCUUCAUGGCCAACUUUGCGACUGUGUCAUUGUGGUGGGAAACAGGCAUUUCAAAGCCCAUCGCUCUGUUUUGGCAGCGUGUAGCACGCACUUCCGAGCUCUCUUUACUGUAGCAGAAGGAGAUCAAACCAUGAAUAUGAUUCAGCUGGAUAGUGAAGUGGUGACAGCAGAAGCUUUUGCUGCUCUCCUAGACAUGAUGUACACUUCCACGCUAAUGCUUGGAGAGAGCAAUGUUAUGGAUGUCUUGCUGGCUGCAUCUCACUUACAUUUGAAUUCCGUUGUUAAAGCAUGCAAACACUACCUUACUACCAGAACACUGCCAAUGUCUCCACCGACUGAUAGAGUUCAAGAGCAGAAUGCACGUAUGCAGAGGUCUUUCAUGCUUCAGCAGCUUGGGCUGAGUAUUGUGAGCUCUGCCUUAAAUUCCAGUCAGAACUCGGAGGAGCAACCGAAUGCAAUGAGCUCCACAAUGAGAAGUAACAUAGAGCAGCGCACUACUUUUCCGAUUCGCCGUCUCCACAAGCGUAAGCAGUCUUCAGAAGAUCGGGCCAGGCAGAGAAUGAGGCCUGCCAUAGAUGAGUCUGUUUCUGACGUGACUCCGGAGAGUGGGCAGUUAGUCGUGCAUUCACGGGAGGAUUUCUUCUCAGCAGAUUCACUGAAGAUUGUGGACAACUCAAAGGCUGAUGCCAUCACUGAUAACCAGGAGGACGGUACUAUUAUGUUUGAUCAGUCUUUCAGUGCUCAGGAAGAUACUCAAGUGCCCAGCCAGUCUGACAACAGUGGAGGAAACAUUCCACAGAUGUCCAUGGCAUCCCAGGCAACACAAGUGGAAACCAGCUUCGACCAGGAGGCUGCAUCUGAGAAGAACAACUUCCCAUGUGACAAUCCAGAGGUCACUUUAAACGAGAAGGAGCACAUGCGGGUGGUGGUUAAAUCUGAGCCCUUGAGCUCCCCAGAGCCUCAGGAUGAAGUGAGCGAUGUCACGUCCCAAGCAGAAGGCAGCGAGUCUGUUGAAGUGGAAGGAGGAGUUGUCAGCGCAGAGAAGAUAGAGCUAAGUCCUGAGAGCAGUGAUCGUAGCUUUUCUGAUCCUCAGUCCAGUACUGAUAGGGUGGGAGAUAUCCAUAUCAUGGAGGUGUCAAAUAACCUGGAACACAAGUCAUCUUUCAGUAUCUCAAAUUUCCUGAAUAAAAGCAGAGGUGGCAGCUAUGGUGCUAGUCAAAAUAAUGAUGACAACAUUCCAAAUACAACAAGUGACUGCAGAAUGGACAGCGAAGCCUCUUACCUGAUGAGUCCAGAAUCGGGGCCUGCUAGUGGUCAUUCUUCUGCCACGGUCUCUCAUGUUGAAAAUCCUUUCAGUGAGCCUGCAGACUCUCAUUUUGUUAGACCAAUGCAGGAUGUGAUGGGUCUUCCCUGUGUGCAGACUUCGGGGUAUCGGGCUGCAGAGCAGUUUGGCAUGGACUUUCCACGGUUGGGCUUGGGCCUCCACUCCCUUUCAAGAGCAAUGAUAGGCUCUGCAAGAGGGGGAGCCAGCAGCUUUCCUGGCUACCGCCGCAUAGCCCCCAAAAUGCCUGUUGUGACCUCUGUCAGGAGCUCCCAGCUGCAGGAUAACUCAUCCGGUUCCCAGCUGAUCAUAAAUGGGACCACUUCUUUCGAUAAUGGGCAUUCUUCACAACCUGGUCCACCGCAGCUGACAAGGGCAUCUGCAGAUGUUCUUUCAAAAUGUAAGAAAGCCUUAUCCGAGCACAACGUCUUGGUUGUAGAAGGUGCACGCAAAUACGCAUGCAAGAUCUGCUGCAAGACUUUUUUGACCCUAACAGACUGUAAGAAACACAUCCGUGUGCACACAGGAGAAAAGCCUUACGCCUGUCUGAAGUGUGGCAAACGAUUCAGCCAGUCCAGCCACCUGUACAAACAUUCCAAAACGACCUGCCUGAGGUGGCAGAGCAGCAACCUACCUAGCACUUUGCUUUAACCGUUUCCACCCUCCCGCCUGAAUGAGAGUGCCAGUACAAACUCUUAACUCUCUGAAGCACUGCAGGAACAUUAACACUAUUUUGCUCAAGCGAAGAAGCUGCUCUCGUAGAUCCGUGAACACUUGUGUGUGGUCAUGCCGCACGCAAAAGUCUUGGUUCUUUAAAUUGGGGAUAAUACCAUACCUACCUCACAGGGGUGUUGUGAGGCUUAAACAAGUGUUAGUGAAAAACUUUGUGGUCCGCAGAAGUCUGCACUACACAGUCCGUAGAUGUGUGAAACAUUGCUGUUACGUACAUGCAAGCCUGGGGCCUACGGGGAUACAGCCCCUGAAACUACGUUCCUUUGCGUGGCAGAGGGGUCAGGAUUGAGUGAGAGUGAUCUCAUGAAUUAACACGUUUCAAGAUUGAAAAACUGAAGUGCAAAUUUCCUUUUUUUUUUUUUCUUCUCUGAAGUAUUUUGUAAAAGUGAAAGCAUUUAAAUAACCUGCAAAAAUCAAGUUGCUCAUUAUGUGUGAACAGUAAUGCAAAGAGCUGUUUACUGCAGAUUGCAUAUCUUUAGAAGAAAAACAACUUUGGAUGCACCUGUCUGACAUAAAAUGCUUUAAAAUAUGCUAAUUAUGAAAUAGUUUUAGGGUUCUGAAUGUAUGUUUGCCUGUUUUGUAGUAAAGAACACUGUGUAAUGAAGGUGCUUAAAUUAAAUCCAAGGCAAUUAACUUUUGGACUACCAGUUGUAUAUAUACUUGGAAUACAGCAAGAUCUGGAUGUUUCACUGAUUUUUUUUUUUUUUUUUUUUCUGUAGAAGAAACUUGUAUUAAGUGGUAAGUGAAGUACUGUUUCUUGUUUGUGCUAUUCUUAGCAGUAUCUUAAGCAAUUUGUAUUUCCUAUCUUAAAAUUCCAUAUACACAAAAGUCUGAAAAGAGCUUGUCUUUGUCUGUUUUGUUAUUUUGAAUGAGAGAGAGAUAAUUUGUGAUGGCAUUUUUUUAAUGUUUAAGGUAGUCUCUUGCUGUUCCCAGACAUGCCAAUAGUCAGUCUGAUCCAUUUUACUGCAUAAGCAUGUUGCUCUUUUCUGGUACUCUUCUCUUCAGGCUUUAAUUUUCUACUCUGUACACUUACUUUCCCUUGCAAUUAUGGAUUGUUUCUUACAUCAGAGGAGUCAGGAAUGAUCCUUGUUUGCCAUAUUUAUUUACGUUUGUAUGUAAAGUGUAGUAAACAAAUCCAAUCCUUUUGUUUAAAGUAGUGUCAUAAAUGUACCUUUCUACAUAAAGUAAAAAAAAAUAGCAUAAAUUUAAUUAAAAAAUAGCACUGCACACUUUGUAAAGCAGAAAUUCAGUGAUCUUUGUUCUUUGAGAGAACAGCGUACAUCUUGUUUAAUUUCUUCCUCUUUGAUGCCAUUUGUUAUCUAAGAGUAUUUGCAGCGUCUUUUGUUUUCUUUGUUAAAGAUGCAUGUGAACUACCAGCUUUCAGAACACUGGGUUUCUACAUUUUGGAGCACUUCUGCUGAUAAAUGUUGUUCUACCAUAUCGAAGCUGGGUCAGGGCUUCAGCACAUCCAUACUACUCUGGAGAGACAGAUGAUUGAUGUUUCCUGGCAUUUAAGUCACAGAGCGACUGCUUUCUGUUAAUGCAAAAACAAUUUGCAAAGGGUUUUUUUUGUUUGUUUGUUUUUUGUUUUGUUUUGUUCUAUAUAACCAAGAUACCCUGUGUGAUGAUACUCAGCAGUUUUAAGGAGUUUGUGUUCCUAGUAGUUACUCUUAAGCAUCUUGGUCUUGUGUUUUGCUAAACAGAAAACAAAAUCCUAAUACACAGUCCCAUUGGUCAUUUAUCAAGAUGAACUGUGAACACGGUUGAAGAUCACAAACCAAACAUUCAUUGUCAGACCAAAGGAAACAUAAAAAGCUUUCUGCACCUGGCUUUAUGUGAAACAGUACUCAGCUAAUGAAGAAAUGUCUAGUUACACCUCUCUGUGCUGAAAAGAAAAUUGCCAAAUGUCUGUCAAUGUGUCACUUGCAACUUGAGCAUCCAAGGUAAACAGGAACAUGGAAACAUGAGUGAUUGGAUUGAUUCCUUUAACAAGUUAAAAGUUCUUUAUUUAAUGGUCAUAUUUGUAGCUCUUGAUUUUUGAAGAAUUCAAACAGUAUGACAUUUUUAAAAAGCUUUAGGACAUGCCACUUUUUUUUUUUUUUAACAACCAUUUUGAUAUUGGGGGACUGAAGGCAUCGAGGGAUACUAAAUAAUCUCACUAAAACAUUAAUAAAAUACAAUAUUUUGUACUUCAGUAUAUUCUUGUUGGUGUCUUGCCUUAUCGGUAGCAUUCUGGCUGAUUGUUUCAUCUUUCUUGCAUUUCUACCACUCUGUUAAAAACUAGAUUUUUUUUUUAACAUACAUUUUCUGUGUGUUUCCUACAACGCAUCUGAAAAUCCUACAGCAUGUAGGAAUAAAGCAGCUAUGUGAGUACGGAGAUUAAUUAAAAGCUAAUGUGAUCAGGUAAACGCAUUAAACUGUACUUUUUUUAAUCUGUUCUUUUAUAAUAAAUUUUCAUGUUGUUGUGAAAUAGCAGACCUUGUGUGGGAGGACUCCUCUCCUUUCUUAAAGAAAAAUAAUUAAACUUGCAGCAUCCUUGUAAGAAGAAACUUUGAUUUUCUAUUUUCAUUGACAUCUAGUGUUUUUGGAGGAGCAUGCUGCAAAUCCAGGAACUUGUGGCUGACUUGUUGCCUUCCUAGUCUUCCAGUAUGACACAGUAUCUUAGAAUGACAGGUCCACUUAGCUGUCCCUUACUGUAAAAUGAGAAGUAGCUCAUCUCAAAACCUGAUAAAAUUGCCAAAGAGCUUUAUCACCCCGACUUAUGUUCAAAACUAAACUUUACAGACCCUACGGUGAGAUCUCAUGUGAAGACGUCAGUGAAUUAGAGUUUUGAAACAUCUGAAAAUAAUUUUUUGUGCUGCUGUGUUUGACUUGAUUUACUUUUUAUUGUGGUGUAUUUGCCAGCAAUAUAAUUAAUUGACUAAGCAGGUAAUUUUUAUGUGUUUGUAGUUUGAGCUCUGUGUCGCACUUGCAAAAUUGAAAUGUGGGCACACAGGCAUGUCUGUCAGGUGAGGCAAAGUGCAUAGCACUGCUCGUGGCAGGCCUCCAUGAUGCUGGGGUUUUACCACUUUUGAGAUGCCAUACAGUAUAUAACCAACAAGAAGCAGGGCAGUAUUUGAGCCAAUAAAGCCUUGAAGGAUUUUGUCCUAUUUUGGGGUCAGAUGUGAUCCACAGGCUGCCCAAGUAAGUGGUUGGGUCACCAUCCCUGACGGUAGUCAGAAGAUACGUAGAUGUGGUGCUAGGUAAACAGUUGUACAUGAUGAUUUUACCAGUCUUUUCCAACCUGAAUAAUUUUAUGAAUCUACGAUCAACACUUUGAACUAUUCUGAGCUGGCAGAGUGUGACUGCACUCGAGCAUGGAGCCACUGUAGCUACAUGGUGCGUUGCCUUCUGGCUACCUGUGUGCUCCAGAGGUAAACUUUAGGAUGUCCCCUGCAAAUCAUUUUCGAUGCCCUACUGCUGGCUGAACCACUUGCAGGGAUUCUUGCUUCUGCCACAGCAUUGCUGGGUAACGGUCCAUUGCCUGGAUCUCCCUCCCCAAAUGGAGGCUGGCCAAAGGAUGUCUGGAAAGCCUUUGGAUUCUGGAAGCAUUCCUGCUUUUGUACAGAGAUUAUUCACAUUUUUCAGCUGGAUGAGCUCCCUCUUGGAAUCCCCUCUUGGCAAGGGACCAUGAGUAAGUGUCUGGGUAAUGUCAGGAUUAAUUUUUAUAAAAACAUUUGAAUGCCCAUCUUUAACCUUCCCGAUUUUACAGCAGAAGACAGCUAAGGUAUCUGAAUAUAAGGGGAUGAAGGCUGGUUUGGUAGCUUGCUUCAAAAAAUGUAUUAAUGCUGAGGAGACUAAACUAUGUAUAAUAGCACAAUUCAUGUCUCAAAUAGGCAGUUGUGUAAGCAUUUAAAUAAACCAUAAAAGCAGUCUUUAAAUAC